GUUUGACUUUUUUUAUUUAUUUUGGGGGAUUUAUUAUUAAGUCAUCUAGUUCUUCAACGAACGCUUUGGUCCUAAGUGGAGCAAGUGACAUUGCAGAUCAACAAUCCGUACCACCGGUGGCCCAAAAUACAUCAGAACCCCUGUUGAAUCCAACCCAAGCGCAGACAUAUGAUGAGUCGAUGGAGCCUGUCUCAACAACUGCUGACGAUGUCAAGAAUAUGAAGACCUGUAAUAGUAACAGCAACAGUUUAGAAGGUUCAGACACUUCAGUACAAUUAAAUUGCCAGCCAGGUUUCCCUGUUCAACGACCAUCCAGGAGGUCAAUCUCAUAUGAUGGACAGGUGCCUAGUGCCAUCCAUCACGAUGCUUGUCAGCAACAACAGCAGCAGCAGCAACGUCAACAGUUGUGUGUUUCACACAAGCGGAAUCGUCUGAACCGCCACUCUCCUUUAACCGGAAAUAUUCUCAAGGACAGUUCUCUUGAUAAAGGAACACAAACCAUAAAUGCUAGUCGCAGAUGUCGUUCUUUGAGCCGUUCUCACGAGCUUAGUUGGAUGAUUGGAUUGCCUAUAUCACAAUUGCCAUCACCGUCUAUAUCAUCCUUGCCAUCAGCGCCAUCCCCACGACUACCGUUUCCUUAUAUAACGCCUAUUCCUGAUCUACAACCUUCUGUAUUGUCUUUCUCCCCAUCCUCAUCUCGUAUGCAGUUACUUCCUACCACAGCAACGGCUGCUUUCUGUCACAAAGCUAAGAGGUCUGAGCAGUUCCAUAAGAUGAAAGGUUGUUGCAGUUGGUCGUCAUUACAGGAAAGGGAUACUCAAGCCGAUAGCGAAGGAACCAUUUCCAAGAAAGUUACAAUGCAUGAGCAAGGACAGUUUUCGGACGAUCAGGGCAUUGACUGCAAUGAUGAUGUUGAAGAAGAAGAAAAAGAAGAAGAAGAAGAGGGAGGAAUAGAAGGUGGAGAUAGUAAUGCUUUUGGAUUGUCUAAUGAUCACCAGGUCCCUGCAAGCUCAUUGUCACACCGAUGUGCAUUUUCAGGGCAACAGAGCUGUGACCAUCAUAGUGGCCAUGGACAUUUAGUACCAAAUUACAUUAGGGAUUUGACGCGGUCUUCAAUGGUAUCAGAUAUGAGGAACAAAGGCAUUGCUAGUGCCUGUACUGGAGUUGUCGCCAGUAUCACAUCGUACAAGAUAAAAGAAGAGAGAGGAUGGUAUAGUCCAGUUCGGUGUGAAUCAGGUGAGGGUCAAAUCGGAUGCAACAGUAGAAGCAACAGUAAUAGCGGCGUCAGUAAUGAUGGAUUACCUAGUAAUUCUGUUAUUUCUACACAGGAUCCCUUGCUAUUGCCACCAUUACAUGAUGGCGCACAAAGAGGAUCAAUGAAUGAUUCGGGUACUUGUAGACAACCACAAGAAGCAAAGAAGCUAGAAGAGCAAGAACGAGAAGAACAACAACAGCAGCAGCAGCAGCAGCAGCAGCAACAACACCAAGGGCUGCAGAAUGAAUCAAAACAAGCACUGCCAUUACAAUCACCGCGGCCGAUUUUGAAUCGUACAGACAAGAUUGCGUUUUUGACAAAGUAUACAGAUCGGAUGCAUCGCCGACUACAAGCUUUAGGGAUCAAGGAUUGGGGCCAACAAGAUAUUCAACGCAAGAAAACCUAUCAGUUGAUGAUCCAGCAUAAUGAUAGGACAGGAGAAAAGGACUUGGUGGCAUUUUAUUUGGGUCGAUAUGGUGGUAGUGGAGGAUCAGCAGCAUAUCUGCCAGAUGAACCACUGGAGCAGGCUCAGAUUGAUCAACAGCCACAGCAGACAAUGGCGGCUAUGGGCACAGCAAGCCCUGUAGUGACCUAAAAGAAAGAAAGUUGGGAGGAAAAAAAAAAAUAAUUGAUGGCGUUAUUUAAUAGAAGAAAGUUUAGAGAAAAGAGGGAAAAAAGGAUUUUUGUUGGUGAGGAAAGUUUGUUGGU